CCAACUAUGAGCUAACUAACUGGCAUUUAAAACAAUUUAAAUAACGAUGCAGGCACAAGACUUAGCAUUGUUUUCUGCAGUGUAAGUUCCUAAGAUGAGACUGCAAAUACUGAAAUCCAAAUUUGGGUUGUCCUGUUGUAACGGUAGCUAAUUUAGAUAACAGUAACACAGACGCGUCGGUGUCAACAACAUCAGGAACAUUUUAAAAAUUACUUUAUCCGUCACAUUAGCUCAUAAUUUACAAGUCCUAACUUCUAAUUUAAAUUCAGCUCAUGGGUAUAUCUAUAACUUACUGGGUAAAAUAUGGUAGCGUUACCCAGUUAUAAUAACCGUCAGCAGUUUUCAUUGGAACAACUUUCAGACAAAGAAAUAAUCCGCAUAAAAACCGUACGACCCCUACAGCUUGUUCUGAAAUUGGGCCACUUUUUUCAUGUAAGAUAUUUUGCUGUUUGCCAUCAUUUCUCCAAUGCUGCUAUCUAUGAGCAUGAGCACCACAAACAAAAUCCCAUUCAUCUCAAUUUACCUCAAUUGACAAAUGGCAUGGCCACUCUUUAGGUAAGUGAGGAAAUGGGUUUAAUAAUUUAGGCGAACCAGAGUCCUGUGAACCCAGACUGUAAUUUUAUAGUGCGGCCCCAAGAUGGCGUCAUUUGCUUUCAUACUAAAUAUAUCCGGGCCGGGGACUCCAGAGUUUACGCACACGUUUGCAGUGUUUGCUCAAUGAUUUUGUCCAUGUGCUCCUACAGUACAGUUUCUGCUGACACUUUGUAAAAUGUAACCUUUUUAUUGACUAACCGUGGUCCGGGGACGUAUAUAUAUAUAUGUCACAGGUGGCCUCGUGGAAAGGAGGACCUUAAGAGCUAACAUUGGUAACGUUAAGAAUUAAGUUUCCAUCUUGAAAUUAAUCAAUUAGUGGUUGAGUUAUACCUUUCUUCAUAAUCUUUAUAUUUUAGUUUAGGCUAACGAUUUAAGUAACGUUCUUUGCAGUCCACCCACAUUCAGUUAAACUCCCAAAUACCCAGUCUGUUGUGUAAUUUGUCAUUUCAACCUGUGGGGCAAACUCGCAGGCUGUCAAAAGACGGUGGGUGGUCGUUUAAGUAGUUGAACUAUGUUUUUGGCACGAGAAAGUCUGGAUCCUCUGGAUUAAACAGAAGCCACUUUAGCUGCUCAGGGAUGUGUCCGACUUUAGAGCACCGCCCUCAAACACUGGACACAGCUGCACAGAGAAACUGCUGCCCGUCAGGCUGACUGAGGACCCACACGCUUUACACGACAGUCCACAGGACCUGUGUUUGACCGAAGACCUUGAAAGGAAGAAUAGUUUGGAUUAGAUUGAGAUAUGAGACUGGGCAUGACGGUGCUGGCCAAGCUGAGGGUGUAGCCACAUCUGGCAAAGAGUGCUGAAGUAAGCAGGAGCCUCAGCACACCAAACCAUCUGCUGUAGCGGGGGAAGAUGGGCGAGACAGAGGAGGAGAGGGAUAAUGUGGGGAAGCUGUUUGAGAACUUUGUCCAGGCCUCGACCUGUAAGGAAACCCUUCAGGCCUUCAACGUCCUCUGCAGACAACUGGACCUCGACCCGGCAGACCACAGCACCUUUUACAGCAGCCUGAAGGCAAAGGUCACCACCUGGAAGGCCAAAGCACUAUGGACAAAGCUAGACAAGAGAAUGUCCCAUAAGGAGUACAAGAAAGGCCAGGCAUGCGUGGGCACCAAGUGCCUCAUCCUCGGAGGGGGCCCCUGUGGACUGCGGACAGCCAUUGAGCUCGCUUUGAUGGGUGCCAAAGCGGUGGUGAUCGAGAAGAGGGACUCCUUCUCUAGGAACAACGUGCUGCACCUUUGGCCCUACACCAUUCAUGACCUGCGGGGCCUCGGGGCCAAAAAGUUUUACGGCAAAUUCUGCGCCGGGGCCAUAGACCACAUAAGCAUUCAGCAGCUGCAGCUGAUCCUACUGAAGAUCGCCCUGAUUGUUGCAGUGGAGUUCCACAUCAAUGUGGAGUUUGUCAAGCUGUUGGAACCUCCAGAGGAUCAGGAAAAUGAAGGGCUUGGGUGGAGGGCUGCAAUCCGACCUGCUGAUCACCCUGUGGCUAACUUCGAGUUUGAUGUCAUAGUGGGGGCUGAUGGACGCAGGAAUACUCUGGAAGGUUUCAAAAGGAAGGAAUUCAGGGGAAAGCUGGCGAUCGCCAUCACGGCCAACUUCAUCAACAGAAACACAACUGCAGAGGCCAAAGUAGAAGAGAUCAGCGGCGUGGCCUUCAUCUUCAACCAGAAGUUCUUUCUCGACCUCAAAGAGGAGACAGGCAUUGAUCUGGAGAACAUUGUGUACUACAGGGACAACACGCAUUACUUUGUCAUGACUGCCAAGAAACAGAGCCUGCUGGACAAGGGAGUCGUCAUUAAUGAUUACAUAGAAACCCAGUUGCUGUUGAGCAGUGAAAAUGUCAACCAGGAAGCUCUUCUGUGCUACGCCCGUGAGGCUGCUGACUUUGGCACCAACUAUCAACUUCCCACGCUAGAUUUUGCCAUGAACCACUGCGGGCAACCAGAUGUAGCAAUGUUUGACUUCACAAGCAUGCACGCCUCCGAGAAUGCUGCUCUGGUCAGGGAGCGAUUUGGACACCAGCUACUGGUAGCACUGGUUGGUGACAGUCUGCUAGAGCCCUUCUGGCCCAUGGGGACAGGUUGUGCUAGAGGCUUCUUGGCUGCUUUUGACACGGCCUGGAUGGUGAAGAGCUGGGCUCAGGGUCGGACGGUUCUGGAAGUGCUCGCAGAGAGAGAGAGUAUUUACAGGCUACUUCCACAGACUACACCUGAAAACAUUGCCAAAAACUUUGAACAAUACACCAUAGACCCUGGGACUCGAUACCCCAACCUCAACAGUUCCUGUGUGAGGCCACACCAGGUGCGUCACUUGUACAUCACUGGCGAGCUGAAUUCCUGCUCUCUGGAGCGUGCUGCUACCAUACGUCGGCCUGUCAAUCUCUGGAGACGAGAGUCAGAGAUCAGACCGGCAAGGCUUCUUACCUGGUGCCAGAAACAGACAGACGGCUACAGGAAUGUGAUGAUCACAGACUUGACGUCUUCUUGGAAAAGUGGCAUCGCCCUCUGUGCCCUCAUCCACAGGUUCAAACCCCAGCUGAUAGAUUUUGACUCAUUAAAUGAAGAAGACCAUGCUGCAAACCUCCAGCUGGCUUUUGACGUCAGCGAGCGAGAAUUUGGGAUCCGAUCGUUCACAUCUGUGAAGGAGCUGAGUGCCGAUCAGGAGCUGGAUAAGACCAGGAUGAUCACCUACCUGUCCAAGUUCUAUGAGCUCUUCCGUGGCACACCUCUACCUGCCUCAGGUUCCAAAGGAGUGGAUGAAAACAAUGAAGAUUAUCCACCCAAGGAAGUCAGAAGCAAUAAUAAUGUGCUCAAUCAUGCACUGCCCAGGAAACGGAUACCAAAGGAUGAAAAGAAGUCAGACGGUACAGAUUCCAUUUACAAAAGGAGGCGGAAAUUCUGCAGUUAUUUGGAGGAGGCCACCAACCUGUCUAGUAAUGGCCCAUCAGUGCCAGAGGGCAAAGAGCCAAAGGAAAACAAAGUGCGCUCAAUGGCUACUCAGUUGCUGGCAAAGUUUGAAAGCACACCCAGCUACACCGUACGGAAAACACAGUCAGACUACGAGAAGUCUUCCCCGCUGCUAACUCUUGACCUGAUUGAGAGUCUGCACAAUAAACUCAGGCCUCCAGUCCCACCUAAACCUGCUCCUGAGACACAGUUUGAAGUCUGUAUCAGAAAAUCAGCACAACAUUUAGUCCGCCUUCCUCCAAAGACUCUGCCCAAACCACAGCUCCAGCCUCAGUCCCAGCAUCCAUUUUCUGUAGUGAAGCUCAGACAUGUUAAUCAAACGCAUGCUGAGACGAAGCCCCAGCCUCAGCCUGAGAGUGCAGACCCCCCUGCUUCUUCUCCCUCCUGCCACUCAGCAAUCCAUUUCAUGUCAAGAGUCCUCCAGCGCCUCAGGGAGGUGGAUGAACAUGUCUCUGAGAAAAAAGCUCAGACACAACAGGCUAGAGAGUUUCACACAAAGAGUAUAAAGGAAAAAGCUGUUCACCUUAGUGGGUUGUUCUUGGGAGAUAGAUCUGCUGUACUCAAGGGUGGCUCGGUACCAAGGGCGUUCCCCCUGUCGGGUGACAAGUGCCACUCGUGCAAGAGGCGAGUUUAUAUGGUGGAAAGGGUCUGUGCCGAGGGGCUCUACUUCCACAGGGAGUGUUUUCGCUGUUCUACCUGCAGCUCUGCCCUGCGACAGGGAGCACACGCCUUCGACUCUGAACAGGGGAUAUUGUACUGCAAACUUCAUUUUGAUCAACGCAACAAUGGGACAAACCUACGGAGGAAUUUUUCUCAGCGCUCGAAUCGUUAUGGCACUAGAGUUCAGGAGCGAUGCGCUGAUUAUGACGGACAGAGCUCCGAGUCCAGCAGCACGGCAGACCUGCAGAGUCAAUCCUCAGCAGGUACCUUCAGCUCGUUCAUAAGGAAACGCCUGAGCUGGCCCCUGAGUGUGAUUCGCACUGUGUGUAACACCCCCUGGUAUCUGUCCCGCCGUGUGCAUGGUACAGCACAGGCCUUUGCCGGCCACCUGAGGGACAAUGCCCAGGACUAUGCAUUCCUGUAUGAGCUACUGAGCAUGAGCUUGCCCUUGCUGCUUGUUUUACAAGAGGUACUGCUGCAGAUGUACACAGAGGCGGUGUCUGAUGGCCCCAGCUCUAUACAGCCUCUACUGCUGUGGCUGCAGGAGCAUAUAGGUCAGAUGGUCAUGUAGAUGCUCUGCUGCUGUUAAUAUCUGACCCUGAACAUGACUGCCAUUAAAUCUGUGGCUGACGUGCGCAUUAGCUGGAGUGUUCUCGUCUUAGUGUUCUAGUAGCACAAGCACCUUUUUAAAGUUUACUUGCCUUUUAUGAUGAUACUGUAGGUAGAUUUGCUCUCAGUGUGUUGGAUGCACUUGUGCAUCAGCCAAAGAAGAGACACUGUAGGUUGCUCUUCCAACUUUUCGCAGCUUAGUACAGCACAUUGUCAGAUAAGAAAAGCUGCACCAAAUAAAUUUUGCAGUGGGAUUGAUGUGGAAACUGUACUGUACUUGUAGGGUUAAAAUACGUUAAACAAAUAGAUUUAAGGUAGUUAAAAUGCAAAAAAUAAAACAGGCCACAGUCAGUGCAUUAAAGACUUGUGACUGCUGAAAUGUCCAAUCAUCAUUGCUGUAAAAUUCAACUUUUUACAAACUGUCUUGGAAAAUGGAUCCUGCAGUUAAAAUUGCUUAACUCAGGUUAUGACUGACAAACUUGCACUUUAUGUUUGAGAACUGCCUAUAGAUCUAUAUCUAUAUCUAUAUAGAUAUAUAUCUA